CCGCCAUCCUCCCCCCGGCGCGUCUCCUUUCGCACCCAGCUUCUCCUUCAGCAGCUGCUCUUGCGUCUUCUCGGCCACUCGUCAUCUUUGCCUGCACCUUUGUUUUGAUCCUCCGGCGUGCGCUCCUCGUGCACUUCUCCGACCACUAGCGCAGUCACCUCACCCUCUCCUCCCUUCCCCUUCCCACGCGCAAAUCACACUGGCUAUCUCGCUCUCCCAUACACCCUCCUCUUCAGAAGCUGCUCUUUAAUCUACAGCUUUCUUCUACAAUCCUCUUAUUUAUCUCACAGCGUUUCAAAGCACAAUCAUGUCUGCGCCCCAGAUUGCUACCCCUAAGCAGGACCCCACGCCAGUAGUCGUCAACCCUUCGCCGGCUACUGGACGUCCGCCCUCCGCAGGCGCCGCCGGUCCCCAGGGCCUCUCAGCCACAUACACCGGCUAUGUCUCCACAACGCACGACGCGCUCAUCCUCUUCCAGGCCUGUAUGCAGGGCCUGCUGCACUACGUCUCGCGGAGGCCGCACGACCGCGAGCGCGCCGACCUCAUCCGGUCCGGCAACAUCUUCAUCUUCAACGAAGGCACUUCCGGCAUCAAGCGGUGGACCGAUGGCAUCGCGUGGUCGCCCUCGCGCAUACUAGGUAACUUCCUUGUCUACCGCCAGCUCGAGAAGCCUUUUGCUCCGGGCGAGAAGAAGCGCGCUGCCAAGCGUAACCGCCGCAAGAAACGCCAGGACCCGUACCAGACUCCCGGCGCGAACGGCGAGAGCUCGAACUUUGCGCUCGAAGACCAGCAGGACGUGUCGGCGAGCGAGUCGCCGCGGCCGGCAAAGAUGUCGAUGCCGUCGGCGGUGUCGACCGUGACGACGGGAUACGACCCUGAGGCCGAGCGCGCGCUCGUGGGCUCGCUCGUGGACUCGUACGGCUUCAAGGAAGGCGGUCUCAUCAAGAAGACGAUGAGCGUGCUGAUCAACGGCAGCCCGCACCAUCUUGUCUCGUACUACAAGCCUGAUGAUGUGAUGCAGGGCAACUUCUCAACCCCGAGCACGAACCCGCUCCUGCGAGACCUGCCUAUCUCGCCUGAGCUCACGCAGCGUCAGAAUUUCCGGAUACCACCCGACGGAUCGAACGGACUCGAGCGGGCGGUGAUUCCAGGCCAGGGCCCGGUCAAUAUGUAUGACCACUACUAUCGGGGCUCGAUGGUCUCUGACGGAGCUGGUGCGCCGCCACCCGAGGACCCGGCCCAUAACGAUAACUUGUACCGCGUGCAAGCCACUCAGCCUGCAGUCCACGGUGGCAACGUGAUUUAUCCGAACUACAGGCCAUACCCUGGCGUGGUGCACUACGCCAACAUGGCGAGCUACCCACCCGCGGCGAGCUCGUCGGGAGUUGCGUUUGCAAACCAGCCGCAAGACUACGGUCACUACUAUCCGCAGCAGAUGCCGCAGCAGCAGAACCCGCAGUAUCCGAGCCAGUGGCAGCAGUAUCCCCAGCAGGGCCAGCCGCAGCCGCAGCCGAUGCACGCGCAGGGUUCGCAGCCCGGCCAGCCGGUGAUGCAGCAGCGACCGCCGAACGAAUAUCCACAAGGCGGGCAACCGCAAGACCAUGGCCCGCCUCCGCAGGCGCAGCCUGUGCAACCCCAGGCGGUUGCACCUCAUCAGCAGCCGCAUCCACUCCAGCAGCAGCAACCUCCUCCUCAGCAGCAGCAGCCUCCUCAGGCGCAGGCUGUCUACCGCUGAGAGAGCAGCGGAAGUCUGAUGAAGAAAAGUCAAUGAGAAAUUUAUUUGGUGUGCUACGAUAGGAUAUGUUAGUGUGCUGUGUGCGUUGUCGAGUCGUUGAAUGUGAGAGAGUGCGAGCAUGAAUAUGUGUGUUCUUUUUUUGAGAGAGUGUGCCAAUUCAUUCAAGCAUUCUUAGAUUGAUGUUAUGUUUCAGAAGAAGUUGUUCUACUUUUUUAUUUAUUAUUCUAUGUUGAGUGUAUUGAUAGUCAAUGUAUAUGGUUUUUUUCAGUUUUAACUUUUUGAACUACUCACUGUUUUCUCUCUUUUUUAUAUCUCUUCGUUUACUAGAAGUUCGUUUUACUAGUGGUUUCUUUUACAUGUAAGAACCUUUGUCAUGGGAUGAAGUGAGAACACAGAAAAAGGAAGCCGAAAGAAAAUGGAUGAUGAUGUUGAUGUACGGGGUUUUAUUUCGUUUAAUUCUUAUAUCCCUAAUGUUACUGUUUGUUUUCGUUUGUU